UUGUGUCAUGAUGCAAUGAAAUGUUUUUUUUUCUCCCUGCCAUCACUUUGUGUCAGUUGUGUCUCUAAUCACUUGCUAUACACCACACAGCAACACAAAGUCAACACAACACAAAUAUUUACUUCUGUGACGCAUAUGACACAACGUUGUGUUUGAAAUUAAAUUCGCAGUAAUUUAAAAAUAUAAUUUUUCACGAAUAUUACUUUGCAUAGUUUAUGAGAUGAUGCGAUUAUCGCUGCUGCUGCUGCUGCUGCUGAGCCAGCUAAGUUCACAGACUAACCCUGCAGGGUCACAACGUGAACGCGUACUCAGGCUACUCGACGACUACGACGUGAACGUGUGGCCUGACCAGCACCGUAACAGUGCAACUGACGACUUUACGCUAGACCUUUUCUUGCGCCAACGCUGGAAUGAUCAUCGCUUGGCCUACGAGGGUGGUCUACCCAGCUACACUAUCGUAGACCCUCAGCUGCGCGAAAAGAUUUGGAAACCCGACACGUUCUUCGAGAACGUUAAAGUUGCGUCACUGCACACCGUCACCGUGCCCAACGUUCUGCUACGGGUCAGCCAGAACGGCGACGUUCUUUACAGCAUGCGGUUGACGUUGCGACUCUCCUGCUCCCUGGAGCUCGAACUCUACCCGUUCGAUGCUCAGACUUGCUACCUGCAUCUGUCUUCCUAUGCCAACCCUGGGAACGUGAUAGCGUACAGCUGGAGUGCGGAAGAUGCCCUCGAGAUCGACGACGAGAUCGAAAUUAGCGAAUUUGAUCUCAUGGCGUACGGCACUGAAAACCGUACAGUCGUUACGGUCACGGGAAUCUACAGCGGCCUUACGGCGCAUUUCGCGCUCCGGCGGCAGAACGGAUACCACAUCCUACAGACCUACAUCCCUACCAUCCUCAUCGUGUUCAUAUCCUGGGUAUCCUUCUGGCUUGACCCUAACGCUGCCCCUGGUAGGAUAACCCUUGGGGUCACAACCCUGCUGACCCUAACAACCCUGGCGGCAGGGGUUAGGCAGGCCCUGCCUCCCGUCUCCUACGUCAAGGCUAUCGACGUGUGGAUCGGUGUAUGCAUGAUCAUGGUGUUCAGCGCCCUGCUGGAGUUCACGGUAGCUAACUGGCUGGCAAACAAAUUAAUGAUCGACUCGAGACUUCCUGAACUAAUUCAUCUGCCAAGAUGGCUCGCGGGCUAUACUGGAGGAGCACCCAAGCCGCUCCCCGGUCAGCCUAAGAUGGAAGGCUACGGGCAGACCUACAUCUACUACGCCCGAGCGCUGGACCGCUUGUCGCGCGUCGUGUUCCCCGUGAACUUUUUGGUGUUCAACCUCAUCUACUGGCCCUACUACAUCAUCCUACAGCGCGCCAUAGCUUGACCGACAUCUACUAGCCCUACUACAUCAUCCUACAGCGCGCCAUAGCUUGACCAACAUCUACUGGCCCUACUACAUCAUCCUGCAGCGCGCCAUAGCUUGAACGACAUCUACUGGCCCUACUACAUCAUCCUGCAGCGCGCCAUAGCUUGACCGACAUCUACUGGCCCUACUACAUCAUCCUUCAGCGCGCCAUAGCUUGACCGACAUCUACUGG